CAGCCCUUUCCAUCCUCUCCUAAAGCCUCUUACUUUGCGCAUGUACAGGCAAACUGAAAAUUUCAUCGACUCCAAGAUGGCGUUAACACCACUGGCUUGCGUUCUGCUUCUCCUUUCCAUGCAAUGCUACAUCAGCACCUUGGCAGUCAUCCUCAAGACGACGAAUCCUAAACCAUGGGUCAAUGAGUUUGAAUCGAUCGAGCUGUCCUGCAUGAUAGAGUCAAUCUCCACUACUAAUCCCAGAAUAGAAUGGAAGAAAAUUAAGAUGGGAGAGCCCAGUUAUGUAUAUUUCGAUAAAGAAAUAGCAGGUGACUUGGAAAAGAGAGCAAAAAUUCGAGAACCUGCGACCUUGGUCAUUCUCAACGCAACAAGAGCUGACACUGCUGAUUACCGCUGUGAAGUCACUGCCCCAAAUGACCAGAAAUCCUUUGAUGAGAUUUUAAUAUCACUCACUGUAAGAGUGAAGCCCAUCGUGCCCAGAUGCUCCAUACCCAAGUCUGUCCCGGUUGGCAAACCAGCAGAGCUGCAUUGCUUGGAGGAUGAGGGCUACCCGAAGUCCCAUUACCAGUGGUUCCGCAACAAGGAGGAAAUCCCGGAGGAUCCCAAGGGCAGCCCAAAGUUCUUCAACUCCACUUACACCCUGAACGGAGAGAUGGGCACUCUGAAAUUCAGUGCGGUAAGGAAGGAGGACGCUGGAGAAUACUACUGCAGAGCCAGGAAUGAGGCUGGGUUCUCCGAAUGUGGACCACAGAUGAUGGAAGUUUAUGACAUGAACAUUGCUGGAAUCAUCCUGGGUGUAGUGGUUGUGGUGACAGUCCUUCUGUGUAUAACAGUGGGCAUCUUCUGUGCCUAUAAACGUGGCUACUUCACCAGCCAGAAGCAGACGGGAAACAAUUACAAAACUCCAGCAAAAGGAGAUGGAGUGGACUAUGUCAGAACAGAGGAUGAGGGGGAUUUCCGACACAAAUCCUCAUUUGUCAUCUGAGAGGAGGAAGACGGGUGAUGGAAGAGAUGCAGAAUUACGUUGAAAGUUACUGGCGCUAUUAUACCUCGCAGAGACACAAAUCCCCAAAUGAGGACAUCGACGUUGGAGCUGCCAUUGCACGUGCCUCGCUUUACGGCACAGCUGCAACAACACAAUUUGUAUUUGCCAAAGGUGACAAAUAAUCAUGUCUGAUCACUGUUUAAAGACACUAGAUGUUACUUGUUUUAACUUUUACAGCCCCUUUUUUGUAAAAUUUCAGUAGAACCCAAUAUACAGCAAGAAACCGUUUUCCUCAAACUCUUCUGUCAUUUUUAAAACAUUUAUUUUGUACUAGGUAAAUUUGUCAGACUAUUUUUGAUGGAAUAUAUUUUCAGAUGCCUACAGAAAAAAAAUUGUUUUACUUUUUUAAAUAUUUGUAAAAUACUAACCUGGAAGCCAGUACCUUUUUUUUUUUUUGACUAAUUUGGUUGUGAAAGAAACCAUUUCCACCAACUUCA